UGAAGGAGACGGCAACUUCCUGAAUCAAGUUGGGAUUGUUGUUGGGCCCGAAAUACCUCGUUAUUCCUGUACAUUAUUGCUCUUAUUGGCCAUGUUUAGGCGAAGUCUGGCCCAAUUGGCCUCAGCGACGAAUAGGGCUUUAUGGAAAGAUUUAGAAGGGAGAUUUUUAGCUCCUUUGGUGCCGGCAAGAGGGUUAAAAACAACAAGUACCGAUAGAGCUCUCUUCAAUGUCCAAGACGAAGAGGAUUUCACCGAGAGGGUUUUAAAGUCUUCCACUCCUGUCGUGGUUGAUUUUCAUGCCCAAUGGUGCGGUCCAUGCAAAUUACUAGGUCCAAGGUUGGAAACCAUCAUCGGCAGCAAGGGAGACAAAGUACACUUGGCCAAAGUUGAUAUUGAUGAUGUAUCAGACUUGGCCUUAGAGUAUGGGGUAACCGCUGUACCAUCAGUCCUCGCAGUUAAAGGAGGAAAAGUUGUAGACAAGUUCGUAGGCUUGCAAGAAGAGUCUCGGAUCGAGUCAUUUGUCGGCAGACUGAUUGGAGAGUAAAGUGUUCUGUCAGCUUUAUGGCAAAUGUAAAGGAUUCUCUUAAGGUGUAAUGAACAUCACAAACUGGCCAUAAACAUAUAGGAAUGCAUAAUAAUGUAUUUUUUGUCUAUCUAUGUUUAUCUCUGCCUUGUGCUUCAUAAGUGUGUGGUACACAAGAAAAUGUGCCAUUUCCUCCCUCUUCCUUAAAUGUCAAUUUUAGAACAUUAUUGAAGAGUUGGAGAGAAAGGUGCACAGAAAAGAUGAAACACCUGUAACUGCGUGACAGCUCUUUGGUUUUACUUCAGGCAGGCUCUUUACCAUUUUAUCUUCUGGUAUAUAUCAACACGCCCAUAUAAAUACGAGGUACUUUUUAGACUUCCGGCUAAGAAGAGCUUAGAGCAGUUUACUCCCAAGCUAUGCAGUGCUGUUUAAAGUACAGUGUACAUUUCCGUAUUCAUGAUUGUAUAUCUUCUCCAUUGUUCCUGGAUCAUUUUUAAAUCAAGCAUUUCUCAGUCAUGGUUGCGCAAGUUACAGUCUAAGUCAUUGUACUUAACACAUUUUUUACUAUCUAUCUGUUUAUUUGUACAGGAAAGAUGUAAGUAUGUUGUAGUCUUCAGCUGUAUAAUAAAAUCUUAUUAAAGCAUU